CGCAGAUAGACCGCACAGGAAACACGGAAGAUCCAGGUCAGGAGAUCCGCCACCGACAACACCCCGCUGUGUAAUCUCAUCUGAAACUCGUUUUUUUAUGAAGUACAGUCAGAUCUGGUGUUUGAACUUCGAUCCGGACGAUGGCUGCCGUGUCGCCUCUGCUCUUGUAGCCGAGCUGCUGCAGCCUCAUUGACAAACUGAAAACAAACCGAAGAUGCCAGCUCGUAACGUUGUUUCUAACGGGGUACCUAACAGCAAGGUUAGGUACUCCAGGUUAGCCACUGAUGAUGACGGCUACAUCGAUUUACAGUUCAAAAGGAGCCCACCCAAAGUCCCAUACAAAGCCAUCGCACUAGCUACAGUCCUCUUCAUAAUCGGCUCUCUGUUAAUCAUCAUUGGCGCCCUUCUCCUGGCUGGAUACUUUGGAGUCACUCACUCUGAUCGUACCAUGCCUGUCCUCAUCAUUGGGAUCCUUGUCUUCCUGCCAGGAAUCUACCACCUACGGAUAGCCUACUAUGCUUCAAAGGGCUACCCAGGCUACUCCUAUGAUGAUAUCCCAGACUUUGAUGAUUAAUAAACAUCACAGCUUGAAGCACAGCCUUUCUGUGCUUACAUGCACUCAUAUGAGGUAUUGCUUGUGCUGAUUAAAGCAGUGAUGGAAAAAUGAGAUUCUGUAAAUUACCUGCAUUGCAAUUUGAAGGAUAGUGAUGUUAUUCUCAUAGGUUUUAUGUCUACAUAGGUAGUUAAUGCCAGCCUGCUGUUAAGAAGCCAAAACACUAUCAGAUAUUCUUUGAUAUGUAUAUGUGUUUUAUUAGCUCAGUAAAUUAAUAAAACUGUAAUUUCAUGAA